ACCACACCAUCUUCCCCAUCCUUAAGCACAUACAUAGCCUCUCUUUGAACCUCCUGCACAACCUUAUCUGUACUCAAGGUACAUAAUAACAUAACAAACCAUGGCACCCAAGAACAAAGGCGGCGACAAGAAAGGCAAGGAUGGCGGAGACAGCAACUCCAAAGGCGGCGGAAAGGGCCUCAAGCCUGCGAAUGCUAUUAACGUGAGGCAUAUUCUUUGCGAGAAAUUCUCCAAAAAGGAAGAAGCCCUAGAGAAGUUGCGCAACGGAGCCAAGUUCGACGAAGUGGCCAGGGAGUUUUCGGAGGAUAAGGCUAGGCAGGGCGGCUCCCUUGGGUGGAAGACUCGGGGCAGUCUGGAUGCGACGUUCGAGAAGGCGGCGUAUGAUCUGGAGCCGAGUACGACGGGGAACCCCAAGUAUGUGGAUGUGAAGACUGGGUUUGGGUAUCAUAUUAUUAUGGUUGAGGGGAGGAAGUAGAUCAUAUAUUAAUAGUAGUAUCUAUUUUAUUCACUAUGGUUAGGGUUAGGUUAGGAUUACUAUGGAUAUUGCAUGAAGAAAUCAAUCGACCAAUCUAUAAGUUUCAGAUCAAGUCCGAUAAUGAAA